AUGAUUAGUAAUGCUUCGGCCCAGUUUCAACUGGAUUGUUCUCAAAAGACGAUAGCUACGCUUGUCGCUGAAAGGAAAUUCUUGAUUAAACGACUGAAAGACAAACUCGCCGACGACCGCGCCGCGGAAGAAGCGCAUAUCAAAACCGUUAAUGAAUGCGAGAAUCGGCGGAGGGGUGAGAGAUUGAUACAGAAACGUGCAGCCACAAGGAGAUCUGGCGACCAAGUCAGUAGUAAUUCUCGGGGAAAAGUUAAGAGGAAACCUAGGUCUACGGGACCCUCUGCACAGAGCAGACAGCGCAGGAAAGCCGAGCCGGUGGAGCCUACAUCAGCGCCGUCGGCGAAGAAGGUCAGACUGACAGCUAAGAGGAAAUCGAUGGACAAAAAUGUAGCUUCAGAUAUAAUGUGCGACGAAGAAGUGGACUUUGGCGAGGACGAUCCCGAUCUCUACGAGCGAUAAAUAUUAAAUUCGAAAUACAUACGUACUCUUGGAA